AUGCUUCCCACAGAAUCACUUGGGUGGAACGGGAUUCAAGCUGUCAGGUCACGCUUGACUGGCAGACUUGCGGGGUUUACGAGGAACACAACGCCCGACAGCCGCCCGCAUAAAUUGCAGAACGAUGCCGCUUUCUUCGAAGCCGAUCUUCGCUACAUCCUCACGGCAACACCUGUCGUUGUCGAUUUCUCAGAGCAUGAAUACGCCGAUAUGGAUCAAAUGGCACGAGAUCUUUUGGCUUCGCUAAACGACAUGGCCAAUGGAGAUCUCAUCGGUCCUCUGGGAGCAACACGGAUCGGCACUCACGACAUGACCCUACUUGGCGACAAGUACCCACGACUGAGUUCCCUGAUUGGCUUAUUGGAUACGUCCGGGGACCAGUUCAACCUGACGACUGGCCCAGGCUCAUUUCUAUUCAUACUGCCUCAAGGGCAAGCAGGACGUAUUGCGAUGGAACGAAUGACCAAAUUGAAAGCAUUUUUAGAACGUUCUGCGGCCAGCACUCAGAAAUCGCAGGGUCUUCAGGUAAUUUCCCAGCCACAGACGGAAAUCUCGGAGAAAGUGUCAACGCAGGACCAACCCGGUGUGCAUGAAAAGCGCGCGAGCGUUGUAGUCAACGCAAUAUUCAAGGAGUUUCGACAGCUCACUUGUCGAGAGACACACGAAAUCAAGCUGAGGGUGUCGGAUGAGUGGCAAACCGGUCCUUGCGACACCUUGGAUAUGUUCGUUUCUUGCUGCCCAGACGGAAGUAUUUGGCAACAAGCCAAAUGUGGCACAUUUCGAUGUCUGAUGGACUUCUUCGACGAGGACCUCGAACUGGCCUCAUACAGUUGGAAACCAGAAACCAUAUACUUUCUACGCUCUGCCGGUGCCCAUGCCAGUAACCGUGUACUCUAUAUCUCGCUCAGGCCGAAUCUUUCGAGUCCUAAAUUCCCAGACUUACUCAAGACAGUACGACCCGGCAACCCAGUCCUGCUUUCAUUUGCUAGGCUCCUUCUGGAGAUUGACAACGGCGAGAAGAUCCCGAUGACGAUUUACCCUGAAAGCAGAGCCAACGUGUCGACAUGGGGGGAGAUGUGCGACUUCGUUAACGUGGCAGGAAGAGAAGGAAAUAGCAACUACCUUAGGGCUGUGGAAGGGUGUCUGUAUCUACACAUGGCCCUGCCAAAAUCUCAAGACCAACCAACUGGCCCAGCUGCAAGUGAAAUAUUGAGGAAGGCUAUUUACGAGCAAAUAGUACGCAAUCUUGAGCUCACGGUGAACCCGCAGAGCUUGAAGCGGAAACGGGGGGGUUCUUUGUCCGAGCUUCCGCAGGAGAAGAAUUUUUCGAUCUCAUCGCCACCAGACAUAGAGUCGCAGGGGAUGUUACCUUGCUACGCCGCCAAGAAGACUGCUCGCCCUGCUAGCCGCGAUGAAUUCGAGAUUGCAAUAGUAUGUGCAUUACCGCAUGAAUACAAUGCCAUGCAUUUUCUCAUCGACGAAGUCUGGGAUGAGGACUGCGACUACUACAGGGGGGCCGAUGGGGAUCCGAACAUGUAUACGGCCGGCCGCAUUGGGAAUUUCAACAUGGUUCUGGUUCUUCUUCCGAAUAUGGGCAAGGUUAGCGCGGCUGGAACGUCCACCAACCUUUACCUAAGCUAUCCAGGACUUAGGCUUGUCCUUGUGACUGGCAUCUGCGGUGGCGUGCCUUGUCCAGGGGGAGAUGAAGAGCUUCUCCUUGGCGAUAUAGUCAUUAGCAGGCAUAUUGUCCAGUACGAUCUUGGCAGGCAAUAUCCUGACAAGUUCCACAUGCGAGAUACUGCGGAGGAUGGCCCUCGCAGAGCUCCUAAAAGCAUACGCAGCCUGCUUGCUAUAAUUGAGACGACCGUCGGGCGUGAGCGACUGGAGCAAUGGACUGCCAAUUACCUCCAAGAAAUCCAAAAGAGCGCCGCUCUGAAACGGCGCGGCACCAAAUACCAGUAUCCAGGAUCCUCACAAGACAACCUCUUCCAGUCAAGCUACCAGCACAAGCACCAUCUUUCCAAGCAAUGUGUCUGCGCACACAAAAAUAAUUUAGCAACUGUUUGUGAGGAGUCCCGUCAGCUCUCAUGUGAUGAUCUUGGAUGCGAUAAGAAGUACCUAGUUCAACGGAAACGACUCGAGUCAAAGCGACAACUAGAGCGGGAAGGGCGUGGCAAGGAUGCCCAAGCGCCUUCAAUAUUCGUUGGGCGUGUCGCAUCAGGCGAUUCUGUGAUGAAGUCUGGCGAGGACCGUGACAAGAUUGCCAAGCGUCACGGUGUAAUUGCAUUCGAGAUGGAGGGCGCGGGGGUGUGGGACGAAGUACCCUGCAUUGUAGUCAAAGCCGCCUGUGACUAUGCAGACAGCCACAAGAACAAGAUAUGGCAAGACUUUGCAGCCGCGGCCGCAGCAUCCGCCGCGAAAGCGCUACUGAAACAGUAUACUAGGGCUGGGCAUGGAUAA